CACACACGCACACUUUCCUGAAUCCUAAUCCCUAAUUUGGAUUUGCGCUUCUAACAGUCGACUUCUCCUUCUCCGAUUUUAAUCGCCGGCGCUGCGACUCACGAAGUCCAAGGGUUCGCGACCUUGCUCUCGUUCACGCGUCCUCAGUCCUCACUAGGGUUCGCCAUCCCCUGCUUCCUAGUUCCUCCGUCCUGCUGCGGUUCCAUCUGUUCGACUCAAUAAACUGUCACGAAAUCUCUGCCCCAAACCAGUGAACAAGAUUUCAAAGUUUCUGAAAUCUUAAAUGGGAACUCAGAAUAUGAUUUUGAACGUGUUCAAGAAGUAUUUAGCAAUUGGGCUUGUGGGCAUCACUGUAACAGACCGUUAUGGUGGAGUAUGCCCUAUUCGAGGUUCAUCCAUGUCUCCAACAUUUAAUCCUUCUGUUGGAUCAUUUACAGAUGAUUAUGUUUUCUUGGAGAAAUUUUGCCUUGACAAAUACAAGUUCUCACACGGCGAUGUAGUUAUUUUCAGUGAUCCAACUAAUUACAAGGAGAGAUGUGUGAAAAGAAUAGUAGCAAUGGAAGGUGAUUAUAUCAGUAAUGUGAGUGGUGUUGUGAAGGUUCCAGAAGGACAUUGUUGGGUAGAAGGUGACAACUCAGCUUCUAGCUUUGAUUCAAGAUCAUUUGGCCCUAUUCCAUUGGGUUUGAUUCAUGGAAGGGUUACUCACAUUGUUUGGCCACCACAAAGAAUCAGAAAAAAUUGAUAGAAGAAUCCCACAAGAGGGACUUGCAUAAACAUUCAUUCAAUGCAUUGUUUGUUAUUUAUAUACUCAUCAAAUGCAUAAACAAAUCAGUCUUGAAAGAAAUCAAAUUCUGCUGGUUUUAAUUCCAGUAUCUGAAUUUGGUGGAUCUCAAAGGUUGUUUUCGAGCCAAGACCUGGCAUGACAUGACGUGACAUAACAAACAAUCUGAUACAUUGUCCAUAACAACAGUUCAUUGUUAUGGACACUGACUGCGAUUGAGAUUGAUGUUAAUAGGACAAAAAUUACAAUGUCAUGUUUUGGUUAAAUGAUAGAACAAGGUGGUGUAUAGACACGUUUU